AUGGAUCCCUACGACAGUGACUCCAGUGUCGAUGACGACCUCACCGACACCGGCGUGCUUCUAGGCUAUGCCGCCGAGGAAGUAAUCGAGGACACAAUCAGCCAUCUUGGAGGCUGGCCGAAAUGGCUCGACGAUAACGCCCCAGCCCCCGGCGACUUCGCCAAUUGCAAAGUCUGCAACAGCCCCAUGCUCCUCCUCCUCGAACUGCACGGCGACCUCCCAGACCACUUCCCAACCGACGAACGCCGCCUCUACAUCUUCGGCUGCCCGCGCAAACCCUGCAACCGCAAACCAGGCAGCAUUAGAGCCUACCGCGCAACACGCAAGAUCUCACUCGGCAGCGGAAAGCCGCAAGAACAAGAAGAACCGAAGCAAGAGGAACCGCCGAAACCAGCCCAACCAAAGCAGGACCUCGGCGCAAGCCUAUUCGGCUCCACCAACCUGACCAGCACCGUCUCCUCAAACCCAAACCCCUUCUCAACAUCCUCAGCUCCGACAACGGGAACAAAUCCCUUCGCAACGCCCGUGCCGGCAGGCGCGCCAGCCGAGAAGAUCACAUCCACAGCCGCGCUGGCAUCCACCUUCGCGGAAAAAGUGCGUAUCUCCUCGCCGCCCCCGUCAGCGCCAACAAAGGCAACCCCCGAAUCGGCCACGGCCACACCCUGGCCCGCGCAAUCUGCCUUCCCGCCACCGUACAAGAACUUCUACCUAGACGCCGAAUACGAGACGCUCUCUCGACCGUCGACGCCCGAAGUCCCUGCAAACGUACAGAUCGAGCCAAUGGAUGAAGACGGCACCGCUGCUGGCGCCGAGCUGAAAGAUACGUUCGAGUCGGAACUCGAUCGGGAUUUCAUGAAAUUCUCCAUGCGUCUCGAACAUAACCCGGAGCAGGUACUGCGGUAUGAGUUCCGUGGUUCGCCGCUUCUGUACUCGACCGGUGAUGCGGUCGGUGCUAGAUUGCUGGGGAAGAAUAUCUCUGGUGGAAAGAUUACUACGCUUCCGGCUGGUAGUAUCCCGGCUUGUGAGUAUUGUGGGAGUCAGCGGGUGUUUGAGUUGCAGCUUGUGCCGCAUGCUAUUACGAUGCUUGAGGAGGGGCGGCCUGGGGUUGGGCUUGGAAAGGAUGAUGCGGGCAUGGAGUGGGGGACUAUUAUUAUGGGGGUUUGUGGGAGGGAUUGUGCCCCUGCGGAGUUGGGGGUUACGGGGUGGAGGGAGGAGUGGGCUGGUGUGCAGUGGGAGGAGACGAAGUAG